AUGGAGGACCACGUCACCCACUUUCUCCUCGACCUUAAAGACAUUGAUUUCACGUUGAGCGUGACACCGGCGCAGCUGUGGCAAGCAGGAGGUGGACAGCAUGUGAAGAUCUCCGUGAUCGAAACCCACGGCCGGGCCAGCGGGUUGCCCGAUACCAACGGCCUCGUCAAGGCUAGGGAGCGAGACUCUUCUGACAAGGCCAUGAACGCGGUGUCUGUAGAGGACCUGUUGGGUAUGGAGUGGGCCGACGAAAUCCAGGUGGCUUGCUUUGCUCAGCAGGUCCACUCGGAAAAUCACCUUCGGUAUCAUCGCUGUGUGGCUCUUUGUGCUGCGGCUUCUUCGAGUUGGCUUGGGAACUGUCCCGAGUCGACUACACUAUCGGGCGACAGCGGAGGUACUCCGCGCAAGCCAGGUCUGAGCAGCGCGAGAAGAAGGACGAUGAACACUGAUACUAUUCUCAUCGACAAGUUUGGGACGAACAAACGCGACAACAGAGAAGGCGAUUCACCUUCUUACGACGCGCACACGCAAUCAAUCGGGGUGCGGGUGUGGUCAGUAUCUAGAAUCAAUCGUUCGCAGACCAGUCCCAUCCGUCACGUCGUCGUUCUCGAAAUCGAGAACAUCGAUCGCAUCUGUCAAGAACACGUCCUCAAGACUGCUAGCCCUGGUAUGGGUGGCAGUGGAGCUCUAUCGGAAUGUCAACCUGGAGCCCUCAACAUCGACCACAACAGGGCUACAAGCCAAGAAGAUCACCAUAGGCUCGGAUUUCAUACCAUCCAUCACAGGGCAAAUCCGAAGAACUGA